GAAAUAUUUUGUUGUUAUUAUUGAUUAUAAGGAGAAAAGGUGGCUGUGGUGGCCGUUCCACACUCAACACUUCGGAGACAAUGGCCAUCGUUGGCGUUUCAGGUUCGGAGUCACCGGAAAGCAUCCAAACUCCUCUCUUAGACGGCGUCGUUCAAGGCUCCGUUGAUUACAGAGGCCUCCCGACCUACAGAUCAAACUCCGGUGGUUGGAGAUCAGCGUCUUUCAUAUUAGGGGUGGAACUUGCGGAGAGGUUUUCGUACUACGGAAUAGCGUCGAAUAUAAUUACGUAUUUGACGGGGCCGAUCAGUAUGUCGAUGGCGACUGCAGCGGAGAACGUGAAUGCGUGGACAGGAUUCUCAUUUUUAUUUCCUUUAGUUGCCGCUUUUGUUGCUGAUGCUUUUCUUGGAAGAUACCGUACCAUCGUCGUUGGCUGUGUUAUCUGCAUAUUAGGUCUUGGCUUCUUGACUAUUUCUUCUUUCAGUGCUUCUAAUUGCCCAAGCAUCAAUACUUCGACAUCUUCUUGUUCUCCUAGCCAAUUUCAAGUAGUUUUCUUUUUCUUUUCCCUAUAUUUGGUAGCUUUUGGGCAAGGUGGGUACAAACCUUGUGUUCAGGCUUUUGGAGCAGAUCAAUUUGAUGAAAGAGACCCUAUGGAAAGCAUAGCCAAAAGCUCUUUCUUCAAUUGGUGGUUUUUUUCUAUGUGUUCAGGCAUCUUAGUAGCGCGAUUGAUCUUAAUCUACAUACAAGACAACCUUAAUUGGACCUUUGGUUUUGGAAUCCCAUGUAUUGUGAUGGUCAUCGCACUAUUUAUCUUCUUGCUUGGAAGUAAGACGUAUCGCUAUAGUAUCAAGGUGGAAGAAAAAAGUGCAUUUCAAAGAAUUGGACAGGUUUUUGUUGCAACCAUUAGAAAUUGGUGCUCUUCUUCUUCAAUAAUAUCUUUGGAGGAAGAAGUUUGUCAAUCGCUACCUCAUCAUAGUUCUAAUCAAUUCAAGUUCCUUGACAAAGCCCUGUUUGAGUGUAGCCUUAAUGAAGUUGAAGAAGCUAAAGCACUAUUUAGACUUAUUCCCAUAUGGGCUUCAUGCUUGUUAUUUGGUGUUGUGGAUGCACAGUUCUCAACUUUAGUUACUAAGCAAGGAGCAACUAUGGAGAGAUCAAUUUCCCCAGGUUUCGAUAUACCACCUGCUUCACUUCAAUCUCUUCCCACCCUCACUAUUAUUUUAUUCAUUCCAAUCUAUGACCGCAUCAUUAUUCCCAGAGCAAGGAAUUUAACCAAAAAUCCUUCUGGCAUUACAAUGCUUCAGAGGAUCGGAACUGGGAUGUUUUUCUCUGCCCUGUGUAUGGCAAUUGCUGCUGUAGUUGAGAUGAAGAGGCUCAAAGUCGCUCGAGAAUUCGGACUAGUUGAUAAGCCAAAUGUGACCGUUCCAAUGAGCAUUUGGUGGCUGAUUCCUCAGUACGUCGUGGAUGGAGUUGCUGAUGUAUUGACCUCAGUUGGUAUGCAAGAAUUCUUCUAUGACCAGGUCCCCAGAGAAUUAAGAAGCGUGGGUCUUUCUCUCUAUAUCAGCACCUUCGGUGUAGGAAGCUUUAUUAGCAGUUUUCUCAUUUCUAUCAUUGAGAGACUCACUGGAGGAGAAGGCCGUGAUAGUUGGUUUACUAAUAAUCUGAAUCGAGCUCAUCUUGAUUACUUCUAUUGGCUAUUAGCUGGACUAAGCACUGUCCAAUUUGUAGUUUACUUGUAUUUUGCAAAAAAAUAUGUAUAUAAAAGGUGAGGUAAAAAUCAUAUAUUUCGAGAGAUAUAUCCAGAUAAAUGUGUACAUAUAAUAUUGUUGUUAUAUAAAUGGAAAUUGUUGCCUA